UCCCCAGCAUCCACCUUUCUCUGUUGGUCUCAAACCUUUAAUCAAAUAUUCACUCCCCUUCGACUCAUGCAUCCACUUAUCCUCCAGAUUCCAAAUGAGCAUUUAUGGAGGCCAACGACAACUGGUGGUCGACUGUUGCUAUUGCCAGACCCAAAUCCAGCUGCCUUCUGUGAAUCCGAUAUACCUCGUCGGCACAUCCGUCCGCUGCGGCAGCUGCUAUGCCAGUACCCGCGUCGCCUCUCCCGGCUCCACCCGCUCCCUCCAUAGUGCUGUAGCCUACUAUGUCGUCGACGUCUUAUUUUCAGGUUGCACUAUUGUUUCUGGUAAUAAAGUUAGUGGGAACACUGGGGACCAUAAUGGAAGUUUUUCUGUUGGCAACACUCUCCCUCCCUCGCCCUACAACCACGCGCCGCCGGGACCUCCGCCGAACGUGCACGGCCGGAAGAAGGCUGUGAUCUGCGGGAUAUCGUAUAAAUACUCGAGGCAUGAGCUCAAGGGUUGCAUCAAUGACGCCAAAUGCAUGCGGUAUCUCCUCAUCAACAAGUUCAAGUUUCCAGAUGAUUCCAUUCUCAUGCUCACUGAAGAAGAAACUCAGCCAGCUAAGAUUCCAAAUAGAUACAACAUUAGAAUGGCAUUACAUUGGCUUGUACAAGGAUGCCAACCAGGUGACUCCCUUGUGUUUCACUACUCUGGUCAUGGUUCACGGCAGAGGAAUUAUCAUGGUGAUGAAGUUGAUGGAUAUGAUGAAACCCUUUGUCCCCUUGACUUUGAAACCCAGGGUAUGAUUGUCGAUGAUGAGAUAAAUGCAACAAUUGUUAGGCCUAUUCCACAUGGGGUCAAGCUUCAUGCAAUUAUAGACUCUGGUCAUAGUGGCACUGUACUGGAUUUGCCAUUCCUUUGCAGAAUGGACAGGGGUGGAAAAUAUGUAUGGGAGGAUCAUCGCCCUAGAUCAGGCAUAUGGAAGGGAACUAGUGGUGGAGAAGUUAUAUCUAUCAGUGGUUGUGAUGACGAUCAAACCUCUGCUGAUAUAUCAGCUCUAUCCAAGAUCACAUCAACCAGUGCCAUGACUUUCUGCUUCAUCCAAGCAAUCGAGCGUGGACAGGCAGCCACAUAUGGAAUCAUACUCAAUUCUAUGCGUAAUACCAUUCGAAGUACGGGCUCUGGUGGUGGUGGUAGUGCUGUUGCUUCUCUGCUUGGUGGUAGUGGAGGUGCUGUUACAUCGCUUGUCAGCAUGCUUCUAACAGGCGGAAGUGUUGGUGGUGGUGGGCUAAGACAGGAGCCUCAAUUAACUUCCUGUGAGCCGUUCGAUGUGUACACGAAACCUUUCGCCCUAUGAUCUUUUCUGUCUACUCAUAUCAACACUUCAUGUAUUUUAGUCUCAUAGAUAUUUGUGAAACAACUUGAUGGGUAAAAAAUAUAUUUUACAUUCUUUAAUGUAUCCUAUUGAUAGGAUACCCUUG